AUGGCGGCCGCAUUUCGACCAGUAAAUUCGCCGCUGGCCAUGACUGUCACUCGCGAAGACGUCAUGGCUUCUUCGUCCGCAACUCCACGACCGAACACCGCCCCUCAAUCGCAUCCAUCAAGACCUGCGGAUGAUGGUGCGACUCCGACGAGAGCAACUUUCAAUAUGGCCAGCCAGAAGCCCCUCCCCUCAGGUCCUUUCCCCCAAGGGAUCCAGGUACCUGAACAAUCGCCCAAACCGAAGAUGCCCCGGCGCCACGAUUCACGACACUCAAACAAAUCAGGAGAUUCAGAAGAUAUAGAUAUGGACGAUUCCGAUGGAGAGACUGGGACCAUCGACGAUGGCGCUGGAUCCGACGACGAGAGUGUAGGCGCAGACGGACCACGAUCUAGCAAGAAGAAGAAGUCGCAGCGUUUCUACUGUACUGACUACCCACCUUGUAACCUGAGCUUUACGCGCAGUGAACAUCUGGCGAGGCAUAUCAGGAAACACACAGGUGAACGCCCAUUUCAGUGCCACUGCUCCCGCCGUUUCUCGAGACUUGACAACCUGAGACAACAUGCACAAACUGUUCAUGUCAACGAGAACAUUCCUAUGGACUCGCUAGCUGCAACUGGCUCGCGGUUCCAACGACAGAUGCGCCCUGAUCGUGUAAGGCAAGCUGGCAAUAGGGCAAGAGCCUCCACAGGUGGCAGCGCCGGGGGACCGCAACGAGGACAUUCUAAAUCAUUAUCAACGUCAAGUAUCACUAGUAUAAGUUCAGUUGGCUCCGCCUACAGCGUUCAAGAUGCAAGGCGGCGACCACCUCCUCUGGUAAUGGCCGAUCCUCGGUCGCGUUUAUCGUUGGAAUCGUAUCGGAGUGUCAUGGACGGUAACUAUGCUCAAUACCGAGCUGCUUCUCCAAGCGAUUUUGGAACACCAACCUCAUCUACAUUCUCAACAGGACAGAGCAGCCCUCGAUGGGGGCCCGGUAUGGCUUCUCCAGCGACUUCACACUCACGCUCGCACAGCAUGUAUACAACAGGCACUCGCACACCAGGUCGACGGUUGAGUGUCCCCUCAGGUGCUAACCCAUUUCAAUCUCCUGGAGCUUCAGGGGGGAGACCUGUGAUGUUUGGACAUGGUCCUGUCAAUAAUAAUGUGGGUGCUCUCACGCCAACCACCAACGGCAUUCCUCAAUCCCCUACACCCUCGACUUCUCAGUGGCCGCGCAGAGAGUCGAUGUCGGAGAGCGAUUGGCGCCGAAGAACCUGGCAUCCAGACAGCCGCAAUAUCAAUGGGAAUCCGAGUCAGCUAAGCUCCGUUGUAAAUCAGUCCUCCGUCCGCCCGAACCCACCUCCACCGAUCGCGAACCCAUCAAACUCACAAUCCUCACUACGCCUGCCUGGUAUCGAAUCAUUUGAUCCUCUCCCACCUCGCCCUGCUACACCACCCAGAAGGCAGUCUUCACCCAUGAUGGUUGACCCGGAGCCUCAUAUGCGUGCUCCUUAUCAACCUCAUCUCCCCGAGACCCCAAUGCAGGACGAAAGACGAAACCUCAAUAUGUACGAUGCCAGUUUACAGCGUGGCCUCACGCGUCUCGAUAUCAACCACAGCACACCACCCCGCGAUAGUGCAGGCAGUUGGGCAUCCGAGGCAAACAAGGCGGUUCAAGCCCAGGCCGAGCAUGUGCGACUCAACCCUCCUACUGUUCGAUUCGAAGAGCGACCACCAGUAUACCAGAGCCUCAAACCUACGUCUGCCCCGCGAUCGCUCCACCAGCACACCAUGUCGGCGCCUUCUAUCACGACCUCUAGAGAAAACAAGCGUCGCGGGUGGUAUCAUGGGCCAGUUUCUGUUCAUAGAGACACGAGGCCACCCCAGGAACAGCAGGACCCGCGGCUGGCGCAUGUUGACAGGAUGGUGCAUCCGAACUUCACAGGAUUUAGCGGAUUCCCCCAGAAGGAAGCACCAUCUCCCCACCAGCAGUAUCAACAUCCUCAGCAGCAGAUGCCUCCUCCCCAAGUCCAGCAGCAUCCGCAACAUCUUCAGCAGCAUCAGUACCAACAUCAGCAUACGCAGCAGACGCAGCAUACGCAGCACCCACAACACCCACAGCAGCAGCAGCAGGGGCGCCCAAGCAACAACGGUUCCCUGGGACGAUUGGAGGCGUUGGUUGCUGUUGCAACAAGCGAGGGAUCGACUGCUGCUGCUUAUUAG